AUGCAGCAGGAUUCUGCAUCUAAUCUGAGCAAGUUACGAAAUGCAUAUGAUACUGAUUUGGCAGCUAUAUCUGAAAUGGUUGAUUCAGCACUAGCACACUUUUUCAUGAAACAAUUGUACAAACCGAUGAAUUUGGAGAUACGGAUUGUGCCGGAAAUUCAGAAUCGUCGUAAUGUGACACUUAUCAUGGGAGACAAAGAAUCUAUGCACAUUGAAGAAAAUAAGUAUUUACAACCAUGUGUAUGUAAGCGUCAGCUUAACGAAGAAAUUCGGAAACUUCGGUUACAUAUGGCCUUCGAUGAAAUACGGAAACGAUGGCAUCAGGUACAUUCGGGAGACACAAACACUAAUUCGCCUUACAGACACGAUCAACCCAUGCAUUUAUACAGACCUAGCGCCGAUAGUACUACAUCGACCGCUAAACCGAUAGCUACCGCUAUCCGCAAAAGUGCGUCAUUUUACGUCAACCCUAUUCCAUCCAACUAUUCCACAUUGCAUCGAUCUCGUUCAUGCUAA